CGAUAAAUUUCAAUUCCCUAAACUCAUAGUAAGGUUGAAGCUCUCUCGCCAUGACCAUGACUAUGAGGAUUCAAUUCAUCCAAUUGUCGUGCCUCUCUUUCCGUUUCAAAUCACAAAUAAUUCCAAACUUUAUAUCUUGUUAAUUACACCUACUCUAUUCAUUCAUUCACCUUGUGUUUCUUCGUUCAUUCCAUUAUUUCUGAAAAAAUGCAACUUGAUCUUGAAUCGUUGUCUGAAGCUACUUCUGGGGCUAUUGGAUCCCUUGUUAGCACCACCGUCUUAUACCCACUUGAUACUUGCAAAACUAAAUAUCAAGCUGAAGUUCAAGCCAGCCAUCAAAGAAAAUACAGGAGAAUUUCUGAUGUUUUAUGGGAAGCAAUUUCUAAACGUCAAGUGCUUUCAUUGUACCAAGGCUUGGGGACAAAAAAUGUCCAAUCCUUCGUUUCGUCCUUUAUUUAUUUCUAUGGUUAUAGCUACUUUAAGAGACUAUAUUUGGAAAAAAGUGGAAACAAGAACAUUGGAACAGCAGCAAACUUGAUUGCCGCUACUAUGUCUGGCGUCUGUACAAUACUAAUAACACAGCCCUUAGAUACAGCAUCCUCAAGGAUGCAGACAAGUGAAUUUGGAAAAUCCAAGGGACUCUGGCAGACCUUAUCAGAGGGGACCUGGAGUGAUGCAUUUGAUGGUCUUGCCAUAUCUAUUCUUUUAACAACAAACCCAUCUAUUCAGAUUUUUAUCCUCCAACAGUAUACUGCAUUCGAUCAGCUGAAACACAGACUACUAAAGGGAAAGAUGAGCAAGAAAACCGAUGCAAAGUCAUCCCCGGAAUCACUUUCUGCCUUCUCUGCUUUCAUGCUAGGUGCAGUUUCAAAAUGUGCUGCUACAUGCUUGACAUACCCAGCUAUCAGGUGUAAAGUCACUAUUCAGGCAGCUGAUUCAUAUGAUAAUAAGAGUACAGAAGCUGAAAAGAAGGCGCAGAGGACAAUCUCUGGAGCACUCUAUACUAUUUGGAAAAGAGAAGGCCUUUUGGGAUUUUUCAAUGGAUUGCAGGCACAGAUAUUGAAAACUGUUCUCAGCUCUGCAUUACUUCUGAUGGUAAAGGAGAAGAUCACAAAGUCGACAUGGAUUCUGAUGCUCAUCAUUGGAAGAUACUUCUCUACUGCCAAUCCCCCCAAAUUGAAAGAAUCUUGAAUUUGUGAUGAAUAGAUUAUAAAUAAUAUCUCAUUUAAGCAUAUGCAAAAAUUGGCUUUGUUUGCUAUGGAGGUAAAGAGCGGCAGGUGCAAUGAACGUAAGUGUUGCUGGCGGUUAAGAUCGUGUUUCUAAAAUAGGGAUGCGAAAAAUGAAAAUUCAAAUAAUGGUUUCUUCUUCUCUGAUAAUAUGAUUUUCUGUCAUCAAGGCUUCAGCCUUGAAGUAGACUUGCAUUAGCCAUUUUUUUAGUAGUUUUGUAUUAUGUUAUGCACUUCCGAUCAUUUGGCGAAUGCCGAAUUUCCAAGCUCAAAAAUGAUAUUAUUGAUAACAAUGACAACAA